UUAGGUAGAUAUGCUGCUUGCCUGAUGCUGUCCUACGGGGUGGGAGCUGUAUACACUUCGCUCCUCUGGCCGCCCGCGCUUUGUUUCUCCUGUGGCUUCUUGUGUUCCUAUCGGAGGUAUGGUGGGCAAGGACGGGGUGGUAUCUUCCUACAUUCGCUCCCUUUAAGAAGAGGACGCCUCGGGUACCUUAAUCUGCUUUUGCUUUUCCGAGCUGGGGCGACCUGCUGGAAGUUUCUUUAUCGUUCUGGACUUUGUUGUAUUUUUAACUUGUGGGCUUCUGUCUGGCGGGUGGUGUUGAUGAGGUCAUCUUUUCUUCAUGAAGGUUAAAAAGACGGAAUCUGCCGUUUUUUAUCUCUCCUUCGAGGUCGUAGCGGCCUUAUUGGGAAAUAUUGCACGCCCCCUUUCCUUCCCACGUGGGCCAAAAUCGAUAUACCGACCUUACCUACCGAGCGCUUUGACGGACAGUGGUGCCAGAUUCACCAUGGAGGCGUUUAUUAUUGAAGCGUUUACCUUGUUGGGAGUUGCGUUGGUGGUUGUUGGGAUGAGGACGUAUGUUAGGUUGACGACUGUGGGGAUUAAGGGGUUUCAGGCGGAUGAUUAUUUAAUGUUGGUUGCUGCAGGCGCGUAUACCGUGGAAACAUAUCUUGCGUACUCGGUGGGUGCGUUAUGGAAGGGGUUGGCGAAUAAUGCGAUGACGGAUGAGCAGAGACGUCUGCUUGAUCCGAACAGUGAGGAGUUUAGGUUGAGGUAUGUUCUGACUACAUCACGACCUGCUGGAGUGUGGUAG